AAAGCUUCAGUAUCUGCGAUUGGAUUUUAGCCUUGGUAUCUGGAUUGUCAAUUAUUUAUCACCUUUCUCAUUCUCACGCCGAGUCACGGAUACCCCAACCCCUCCUCUCUCUCUCUCUCUCUCUCUCUCUCUCUCUCUCUCCCCUGUACCUGCACGUAAUCAAAAGGGGCAAAUGAAUUGGAAUAGAAAAAAGAUUUUCAAGUCCGACUGAAUGCAGCGGAGCUAUCUCUGCACUUCACUGAUCCGUUCUUCCGGCCAAUCUCCGGCGACGUCCUCUGCCGUAAUGUCAUGUCCCGGCGGCCUCUCUCCUUGCUCCCCCUCGUCGCUGCUUGACAGGUCUUGAGAUGGAUGCAAUUCAAAAUAGAAAAGCUCACAAUCUUGAGAAACCAAUCCCAGGAUGUUUGGGAAGAAUGGUUAACCUCUUUGAUUUGGGUGCUGGUGUAGCUGGAAAUAGAAUGCUUACUGAGAAAGCACAUCGUGACGAGUUUUCUCUUUCGAGGAGGCAAUUGGAUGUAGCAAGGACUUUGAAUCCUAUUCAAGAUCAGAUAGAGGACAAACUGAUGGUGUCUGAAUUAAGAAGGAAUUCGUCAAACACAAAAUUAAAUGGAACACCCAUGAAGAUGCUUAUAGCACAAGAAAUGUCAAAAGAAGUGGAGUCUAAGCAUAAUUCACCCAAUGUGGUUGCGAAGUUGAUGGGGCUUGAGGCUCUGCCACUGAAACAGCCUGAUUCAGCUGCACAAAGAAGUUGUUCAAAAGGUUAUUCCCAAAAUAUUCAAACUCAUUCUGAGAUGCCACAGGGAUGCUGGAAGCAAGAACAUAAUUUUUUUGACAAGCAAAGGCACAGUGAAUUUCAUCAUUGUGAAGAGCAGAAUGAAUAUAAAGACAUCUAUGAAAUCUGGCAGCAGUCAAAAUCACCAAAUUUUGUAAGAGAUAAAUCCCCAUGCAGAGACAGUAGUGAAAAUACAAAUGAGAAAAAGAUGGCUCUUGUUCGUCAAAAAUUCAUAGAAGCAAAACGCCUGUCUACAGAUGACAAACUUCGUCAGUCUAAGGAAUUCCAAGAUGCGCUAGAAGUUUUAAAUUCCAACAAGGAGCUCUUCCUCAAGUUUCUUCAAGAACCAAAUUCUCUGUUCUCUCAGCAUCUCUGUGAAAUGCGGUCUAUUCCUUCCCCUCCACAGACAAACCGGAUCACCAUUCUUAGGCCUUCUAAAAUGGUGGAUGAUGAGAAAGUUGCUGGACUGGGGAAGAAGAGUGAAAAACAGAUGAAAAAACAAGUUCAGAAGGGUCAAGCAAAUGGAUGGGAUAAGAAUAACCCUGGAUUUUCCCCUAACUUUGUUGAUCGAAAGGGUGAUGGAAAUCCUACUCAACAAACUCGAAUAGUGGUACUAAAGCCUAGCCCUGGGAAGAUUCAUGAUGUCAAGGCGAUGGCUUCGCCUCCCUCUUCAUCACCCAGAAUUUUGCGUGGUGGAGAUUUCUACAGAGAAGCAGAAAACGAUGAGGUGCAAGAAUCAAGAGAAGUGGCCAUGGAGAACACAUGCCAGAUGCAUGAAAAUCCGAGUGGCCAUCACAGAGAUGAAACCUUGCUUUCUUCUGUGUUUUCCAAUGGCUAUGCUGGUUGUGAAAGUUCAUUUAGUAAAUCAGAAAAUCAGUAUGAAGUGAGAAAUCUCAGUGAUUCAGAAGUCAUGUCCCCAAGUUCUAGGCAUUCAUGGGAAUAUAUCAAUAGGUUUGGCAGCCCUUAUUCUUCCUCAUCCUUUAGCCGAACAUCCUAUUCUCCAGAGUCAUCAGUUUGCAGGGAAGCAAAGAAGCGACUUUCUGAAAGAUGGGCCAUGAUGGCAUUGAAUGGGAGUAGUCAAGAUCAAAAGCAUGUCCGAAGAAGCUCUAGUUCACUGGGUGAGAUGCUUGCUCUUUCUGAUGCAAAGAAGCCAGCCAGAUCUGAUGAAGAGGGGAGUAGCAAGGAACAAGAAUUGAGGGAGUCAUCUACAUGUUUAACUAGUUAUUUGAAGGAUGAUAGUUCUCCUAGAUAUUUGCCAAGAUCAAAAUCAGUUCCCGUAUCUUCGACAGUGUAUGAUGCUGGGUUCACUGUUGAAGUUUCAGAUUCUGAGGUUGGCAAAGGACAUGUUUCUAAAGAUCUGAUAAAGACAAAGAGUGGGAAAUCAUCAUUGAAGGGGAAAGUUUCAAGUUUGUUUUUCUCUCGGAAGAAAUCAAGUAAAGAAAAAUCUUGUAAAUCAAAAGAGGAAUCACAACCUGCCACUGGUGAAACACUGGGCGUCCCAGUACAUUCUCCUGGGAAUUGUAGCAGUGAUGUAUCUCAAUGUGUUAAUCACAAUGGCCUUGACGAGAGCUUGUCACCUGGUAUACAUGGAUCUGUGUGCAAAGCUUCCUCACCAAAUUUAUUUGGGAUGGGAUCAAGACAUUGCAUAAUUUCUCAAGAGGCAGUGUUAUCUGUAUCGAAGCCUGUGACAAAGACCCAGGACCAGCCUAGUCCAAUCUCUGUUUUAGAACCACCAUUUGAAGAGGAUGGUGUGGCUUCAGAGCCCUCCGGCAAUAUCAAGCAGGCCCAAUGGGGAAUUCAAGGGCCUCUUCAUCCUAUUAGCUCGAACUUGAUUGACAAAUCACCCCCCAUAGGGUCAAUUGCACGGACACUGUCAUGGGAUAAAUAUUCAACGCAGACAGCAUCGGCAUGUCCAUUAAAGCCCACUUCAGCUGCCCCAAGAGCUGAGGAAGAACAGGAUUGGCUCUUCCUAGUCCAGAAAUUGUUGUCCACCGCUGGCCUUGAUAGUGUGGCGCCCAUCUCAUUUUUUGCUCGAUGGCAUUCUCCGGAAAGCCCAUUGGACCCGUCAUUGAGAGAAAAAUAUGCGAGGCAUGAGGACAAGGAGCCUCUGCAUGAAGCUAAGCGAAGGCAGUGGAGAUCGAACCGAAAGCUUGUGUUCGACUGUGUCAAUGCAGCCCUAGUGGAGCUCACUGGUUAUGCAGGCAUGGAGGGUGGGGCAAGGGCUAGAUCAUGUAAUGGUGGUGGUUUUGGGGGUACGUCACGGGCGGUGAUGGCGGACUGUGUAUGGGGCUGCAUUAAGGAAUGGUGCAGUGGCGAGGUGAGGUGCGUGGUGGAGGAAGGCGGUGGGGACGGGAACAGCCUGGUGGUGGAGAGGGUGGUGAGGAAGGAGGUGGUGGGUAGGGGUUGGGUUGAGAGAAUGGGGAUUGAAUUAGAUAAAGUAGGGCAGGAAAUAGAGGGUAAGUUGCUGGAAGAGCUUUUGGAAGAGGCUGCGGUUGAGUUGACACUUGACAGGUAAUGUGUGUCGAGGGAGCCUUUUUUUUAUUGUAACUCUAUUAUUUGUGUAUUCUUAAUUUUAACCACGACGAUCUUCUCCCACCUUUCUUUAAUCCUGCAAAUUACUGCAUUUUUGUGA